GCUUUCAAAACAAAUAUAAUUAAGGUCUUUUACAUUAUAGUUUGAAUAUGAAAGUAUAAGGCAUUUUUCCAAUUUUCAUAUAAAUUUAGUUUCUUUUUUUUUCCAAAGAUCAAAUAUUUUUAUACAUCGCAUAAAAAAUGGGGCAUAUACAUCACAAUUAAUUCGAAAAUACAAAAGUAAAGGAAUUGAAUGAUAACGCCGGCGUCAUUACAAUUUGCAAAUGGGCCAUUAAAUAGAAUAUAUUUGAAAAUAUUUAGGCACGUAAAUAUUAGUCGGUCACCUCCGUGUUGUCGAUUCCUAUAAAAGCACGCCUUUCCCUUCCACUCUCUCCAACACAAUCUCUCGAAAUCAAAUCAUUCCCAACUUUCAAUCUUCCAACAAAGUUCAUACAUCAAUUUCUCAAUUAGUUUCGAUUCCACUCAUUUCGUUUUUGAUACGAUUCCAACACUCGUAAAAAGAAAUGGCCGAUGAUCAGUACAACCACCACGAGACGAGGAGCGAUGAGCCAUCCGCAGCCAAGUCUGAGGUGGAGGCCGGCGACCGCGGGAUUUUCGAUUUCAUGGGGAAGAAAGAGGAGGAGGGGAACAAGUGUGAGGGCGAAGUGAAAAUCGCCGGCGAGUUUGAUGAGAAGUUUAAGGUUUCCGAGGAGGAAGACGACACGAAGAAGCAUGAAACCCUGCAAGAAAAGUUUCAACGAUCGGACAGGGACGGCUCCGGUAGCUCUUCGGGAGAGGAAGAAAUAGGGGAAGAUGGGAAAAAGAGGAAGAAGAAGAAGGGCUUGAAGGAGAAGAUUGCAGAGAAGCUACCUGGAGAAGAGAAACACACAAAUGAUGUACCAUUUGAGAAGUGUGAGGAAGAGAAACCAGUUCAUGAAGAAGCAGAAGAGAAGAAAGGGUUACUAGACAAGAUCAAGGAGAAGCUGCCCGGUGGCGCCAAGAAGGCGGAGGAAGUGGCGGCGCCGCCGCCAACUCCGGCGCCGGCCGCCGACUACGCCGCCGCUCCGGGGGCUGAGGAAAAGGAGAAGAAAGGGCUCUUGGACAAGAUCAAGGAGAAAAUGCCCGGCCACUCCAAGGGUGACGAGGUGGAGAAAGAGAAGGAGAAAGAAUGCAACUAAGAAGUUAUAAUUAAGAAAUUGUUAUUGUUUUAAAAUAUGUUCUUAAUAUUUAAUUUGUGAUUGUGAUUAUGGUGCUGUUUGGUUUGUUAAUGGUGUUAAAUAUGUAUGAAUAAAUAUGUAUCAAUAUGAGGUUAAUUCUGAGCUAGUA